UUAGAGCGCUUAUCACUCUGCUAGCGAGCGUCGAUGCGAGCGGUGUCCUGGAGCGCAGCAGGUUCAAGAAAACGAACCGUAUUUAUUUUUAAAGACAUUUCCCUAUAAAUAAAACUUAUUAACACAAUCCUCUUCCUUCAUUCCGUCAUCCCUUCCUUCCCUGAUUAUUUAGCGGAUUAACAUACUUUUUUAUAAACCUCUCCGAGUCUCCUCCCCGUUCACUCCCCCGCUGGUGUGAUCGCUUCGUCAGCGGGCACCGAGCCCCGUUUUCCCCCGCCUUUGGCGCGCCGUGACCCGGAUUGGCCCGUGUGGGAUCCCCGCCGCAGCCCCCGAGUCGUUCGUAGGCAGUUGCCGGCUAUAUCAGGAGCAGCCCUGACCGAGAGAGAGCUCACCAGACACGGGCGGAGAUAGCAGCAGCGCACCCCGACUCAAGCUAACUCUAACUCGGCUAAGGUAGAAAUGGACUCUCGGUCGAUUUUCCGGAGCGGCUCCAGUGGUCAGACUUUCAGAGGCUCGUUGUCUCUCUGGCUCCUCCUCUGGUUCUCCUCUCCCAGUCCAGUCUCCUCCUGCCCUCGCCUGUGUAUGUGCUACCCCUCUCCCAUGACGGUCAGCUGCCAAUCCCAGAACUUCACCGCGGUCCCAGCGGGAAUCCCCUACCACAGCCAGAGGGUUUUCCUCCAGAACAACCGGAUCACGGAGGUCCGGGCCGAGUCGUUCGGAUUCGGCACGCAGGUCCUGUGGCUCUACUCCAACAACAUCAGCUCCAUCGAACCCGGGGCCUUCAGCGACCUGCGGGACCUGGAGGAGCUGGACCUGGGGGACAACCCGUCCCUUCGGACCCUGGACCAGGACACGUUCCGCGGGCUGGACAAGCUGCAGAGUCUGCACAUGUACCGCUGUCAGCUGGGGACCCUGCCCGGCACUGUCUUCAGAAAACUCUACAGCCUGCAAUUCCUGUACCUGCAGGACAACCUGCUGCAGCACAUACAGGACGACCUCUUCGCUGACCUGGUCAACCUCACUCAUCUCUUUCUCCACGGCAACCUGAUCCGGGUCCUGUCAGAGAACGUGUUCCGCGGGCUGGUCAACCUGGACCGGCUGCUGCUCCACCAGAACCGGAUCAGGCAGGUCCACCGACGAGCCUUCCGAGACCUGGGCCGGCUCACCAUCCUCUUCCUCUUCAACAACUCCCUGUCCGAGCUCCCCGGCCCCUCCCUCACCGGCCUCCGAUCCCUGGAGUUCCUGCGGCUCAACGGGAACCCCUGGUCCUGCUCCUGCCAGGCCCGGCCGCUCUGGGAGUGGUUCCGCAGGGUCCGGGUCUCCAGCUCUGAGCUGCUGUGCGCCGGGCCCCAGGAGAGGAAGGGGCUGGACCUGCGCUUCCUGAGGGAGAUCGACUUCGCGCGCUGCCCCCUGCAGGACACCCCCGGCAGAACGAGCACCUUCAGCACCAAGUGGUGGUUCCCCAAGUCUGGCAAGAGUGGACAUGCGGAGAAAUCCAAAGGGCUUUACGGGAGGAAAGGCCAGCAGACCAGCAGUCUGGAUAACCCGCAGGUCGGGGGUCGCGUCAAGAGUUUCGAACCGGAACCCGAGUCCGCCCUCCCGAAGCCGGGCCCCCAGGAUUACUGGGAGAACUACGAGAACGAGGAUCCCAGCCUGGGUUGCUCCGACGCGGACUGCCUGAGCGAGGAGGAGAGCUCGAGAGGGGAGAGGAACCGUCCCGGGUUCGCCCUCCUCUCGCUCUCCCUCUCCCUCGCGCUAGCCUCGUUCUCGGCAGGAAGCAUCUAGGGACCCCCCCCGCCCCCCCCCCCCUCCUGUU